GUGAGGCCGCGCAGGGACGUCAGAACGGAGGCGCGUAGCUUGAGGAAGAUGGCGUUGGAGGCCUGUCGAUGACAGCAAGGAAACCGCGGAGUAAAAGAGACUUUUACUUGUUUCCCGCGUGAGAAAUACAACUAGAGCGGAACGUUGUAUGUUGAUUCGGAGGCCGUCCUAAGGCAGUCCUUCCGCUUAAAGUUACCGACAUAAGGACAGGUGUUCUGCACUUAUAACAAUGGCAACAGAGAUUGGCUCACCACCUCGGUUUUUCCACAUGCCUCGGUUCCAGCACCAGGCACCUCGACAGCUCUUCUACAAACGGCCUGAUUUUGCUCAACAACAAGCCAUGCAGCAGCUCACCUUUGAUGGAAAGCGCAUGAGGAAAGCUGUUAACCGCAAAACAAUUGACUAUAAUCCCUCUGUAAUCCGCUACCUAGAGAAUCGUCUCUGGCAAAGGGACCAUCGUGAUUUUCGAGCUAUCCAGCCUGAUGCUGGUUAUUAUAAUGAACUUGUUCCACCAGUGGGAAUGCUGAAUAACCCUAUGAAUGCAGUAACAACAAAGUUUGUCAGAACAUCAACAAAUAAAGUUAAAUGCCCUGUUUUCGUAGUCCGGUGGACUCCAGAAGGGCGACGUUUAGUAACAGGCGCAUCUAGUGGAGAAUUUACUUUAUGGAAUGGUCUGACUUUCAACUUUGAAACAAUCUUGCAGGCCCAUGACAGCCCUGUGAGAGCAAUGACUUGGUCUCAUAAUGACAUGUGGAUGCUGACAGCAGAUCAUGGAGGUUAUGUUAAGUACUGGCAGUCCAACAUGAACAACGUCAAGAUGUUCCAGGCGCACAAGGAGGCGAUUAGAGAAGCCAGUUUCUCACCAACGGAUAAUAAAUUUGCAACUUGCUCAGACGAUGGAACUGUUCGAAUUUGGGACUUUCUACGAUGCCAUGAAGAGAGAAUCCUCCGAGGACAUGGGGCUGAUGUGAAAUGUGUUGAUUGGCACCCUACAAAAGGUCUGGUGGUCUCAGGGAGUAAAGAUAGCCAGCAGCCAAUCAAGUUUUGGGAUCCUAAAACUGGACAAAGUUUAGCAACCCUACAUGCCCACAAGAAUACAGUAAUGGAAGUCAAGUGGAAUCUGAAUGGCAACUGGCUGUUAACAGCUUCACGUGAUCACCUUUGCAAGCUCUUUGAUAUACGUAACUUAAAAGAAGAACUGCAGGUGUUCAGGGGACACAAGAAAGAAGCUACAGCUGUUGCAUGGCAUCCUGUACAUGAGGGUCUUUUUGCGAGUGGUGGCUCAGAUGGUUCCCUCCUUUUCUGGCACACAGGUGUUGAAAAAGAAGUGGGAGGCAUGGAAAUGGCUCAUGAAGGAAUGAUUUGGAGUUUGGCAUGGCACCCUCUUGGUCACAUUCUUUGUUCUGGGUCUAAUGACCAUACAAGUAAAUUCUGGACACGGAAUCGACCUGGGGACAAAAUGAGGGACAGAUACAAUUUAAACCUCUUGCCAGGAAUGUCAGAAGAUGGUGUAGAAUAUGAUGACAUUGAGCCGAAUAAUUUGGCUGCCAUACCAGGUAUGGGGAUUCCAGAACAGUUAAAGAUGGCUAUGGAGCAGGAACAAGCUGCAGGUAAAGAGGAGCCAACUGAGACUGAGAUGACAAUCCCUGGACUAGAUUGGGGAAUGGAAGAAGUAAUGCAGAAGGAUCAGAAGAAAGUCCCACAGAAGAAGGUUCCUUAUGCCAAACCCAUCCCAGCACAAUUCCAGCAGGCUUGGGCAGAGAAUAAGGUUCCUACUUUGCCUCCUGGUGAGCUCCCAAAGGAACGAAAGGAUGAAAAGAAAGUAGAAGUAAAAAAGAAGACUCAGGCAGAGAUUGAACAGGAGAUGGCUGCCUUGCAGUAUACAAACCCAUUACUAUUGGAGCAAAUGAAGAUUGAGCGUAUGGCACAGAAACAGAGUGAGCAGGGACAGCCUCCUCAACAGGGAGCUAUAUCUUCAUUCCCCAAUCAGACACCGUUGACCCAGGCUUCACCAAAUUUUCAGCAGCCUCUUCAACCCCAGCAAAUGCCUACAAACAUCAAUCCAAUGGGCUCUAAUGGUCCACAAGUACCUUUCCUUCCUCAGAGCCAAAUGGGACCACCUGGACCUCAGCUCCACCAAAGCCAUCCUACUCAGCAGGGCUUCUUAGGCCCUCAGGAAGUACCUGGGUCACAAGGUAUACAGAGACACCCUGCUCCACUUGGGCCCAUUGGGCCUCAGGGUCCUCCAGGUAUGCCAAAUAACAAAGGAAUACAUAUUUCUCCUGGGAUUCCCCCUGGACAGCGAGGAAUACAAGGACCACCUGGAGGCAUGCCAGGACACCAACCCUGUGGAAUAGGACCAAGAGACAGUCAAGGGUCCCCUAUCCAGGGUAACAUGAUGGGACCUCAAGACCUAAGGGGAAUCCCUAACCAGGGUACAUUAGUGAACCAUCCUCUUGAUCUGGACAUGAGAGGGCACCAAGUGCCCCCAGUGCAAGGGGCUAUGAUGGGGCAACCAUCUCAUGGACUACAGGGACAGCAAAACCAGUCUAGAGGUCCUCAAGUUCCACAGGUGCAUGGUAAUAUGCAAGGGCAUGGAAAUAUGCCAGUGCCGGGAAAUAUGCAACCGCAUGGUAACAUGCCAGGACCAGGAAACAUACAAGGGCCAGGCAACAUGCAGGGACACGGUGGCAUGCCUGGGCCAGGGAACAUGCAGGGACAUGGCGGCAUGCCAGGGCCAGGGAACAUGCAGGGACACGGCGGCAUGCCUGGCCCGGGGAGCAUGCCAGGGCACGGCGGCAUGCCUGGCCCGGGGAGCAUGCCAGGGCACGGCGGCAUGCCUGGCCCGGGGAGCAUGCCAGGGCUCGGCGGCAUGCCUGGCCCGGGGAGCAUGCCAGGGCACGGCGGCAUGCCUGGCCCGGGGAGCAUGCCAGGGCACGGCGGCAUCCCUGGCCCGGGGAACAUGCAAGGACAUGGGAACAUGCCAGGGCCAGCUAGUAUGCAGGGUCCAGCACCGUAUAUUCAACAAGGAAAGCCACCAUUGUUAGGUGAAGGACCCAGACCUCCUUUUAACCAGGUUCAGAAUCAAGGACCUCCACCUCUAAUGUCUGGGAUUGUGCAACAGGGCCCUGGCCCCAGCAAAGAUACCCGUGGACUUCCAAACCAUCAUCUGGGCCCCCAUUUGGAUAGACGAGGGCCUGAUGGAGGUGGAGGACCUGAUCAAACAUCAGAAAGAGGAGGCCGUUUUUGGGGGGAGUCCCGUGAUGGUCGCCGUGGUCCACCUUCUGAUAUGGAUGGUUCAGAUGAGAGAUUCCAUCUUAGAGCUGAAGAAAACUGGAGAAUACAGCGUGGACAAGGUUCAGAGUUCCGAGAAAGUGAUGGAAGAGGUCCCAGUAGAGGUGGCCCUCAAGGCAGCUGGGAUGGACGUCGGCUCUCUGAGGAAAGAUUCUCGCGUGAAAGUGAUGAGCCAAGAUUCAGAGGAAGACGAGAGGAGAGGUUUGAAAAUUAUGACGGCCCUAUCGAUGAAUUUGAACAGUUGCGCUCAAGAGACCAGAGGCGGACUCCCCAUGGUAGACACAACCAAGAAUUUGAUUAUGAGCAAACAGAUGAAUCGUAUCGCAGAGGAGGAUCUCGACAUGAGAGCAGAGGUGGACGGGGCUUUUCUGAUGAUUUUACUAAUGAAGACAGCUUUGAGAAGGAGGAGAAAGGAAGGAGCUGGGAGUCUGGUGGCAACAGGGGCCGCAAUCGAGGACCACAUCGAGGAGGGCGGAAGGGGCUACUUCCAACCCCAGAUGAGUUCCCCUCCCAUUAUGAAGGUGGACGUAAAUCUGAAUCCUGGGAUGGAAACAGAGAUCAGGGUCAUGAGCACUUCAGAGAUGGUAUGCGCCAAGACCAUCCUCCAAGAGAAUGCUCUUCUCCAGCUGGCAGGGACCGUUCAUCUUCUCUUCAGAGCAUGGACAUGGCUUCUCUACCUCCACGAAAGCGGCCCUGGCAUGAUGGACCUGGUACAGCAGAUGUUAGAGAACGUGACUCGCCAGGCAGGGGACCUGAAGAGAGAACACCAGGUCGAGGAUCUUCCCAACGCAAUGUUAAGUCUGGUCGGUCAGCUUCACAAGAUAAGGAUCAUCACCGGGAAGAUGGAUACAGUGGCAGUUCCCGUGGGGGUGGAGGCAGGGGUGCUGCCUGGGGAAGAGGAGGUGGUGGCGGUGGUUCAAAUAGCUCAAGUCAGUCACGCAGGGGCUCAUCUAGAGGAUCUUCCCGAGGAAGCCGGGGCCGAUAAAAUAAAGGGAAAUGCAGACAGUGUUUCUUCUCCGCACCUCUGCGAGGGCAGCACUGCAAGUCCUCAGAAGACUGGCCAGGUUUGGAGCAGUGCUCUCAGGAAGUCAUGUGAGCAACAAAUUUUGAGGACAGAAGCUCUG